UCCCGGCCGCGCCGCCCUCGGAGGAGCCGCCCGCUGGGCGCAGCCGGGAACUUCGGGGCACGCGAGCUGCGAGCGGACUCGGCGGGGCGCGGCGCAGCCGAGCGGUCCCGGGAGCCGGCGGAGACCAGGAGCAGCCAUGUCUGUGCAGGUGGCGGCCCCUGGGGGCCCCGAGCGCCUGAGCCCCGAGGAGCUGGUGCGCCAGACCCGGCAGGUGGUCCAGGGCCUGGAGGCACUGCGGGCCGAGCACCACGGCCUGGCCGGGCACCUGGCGGGCGCGCUGGCGGGCGCCGAGCUGCUGGAGGAGAAGCAGCAGGUGCUGAGCCACUCGCUGGAGGCCAUCGAGCUGGGGCUGGGUGAAGCCCAGGUGCUGCUGGCCCUCUCGGCCCACAUGGGCGCGCUGGAGGCUGAGAAGCAGCGGCUGCGGGCGCAGGCCCGGCGGCUGGCCCAGGAGAACGCGUGGCUGAGGGAGGAGCUGGAGGAAACGCAGCGGCGGCUGCAGGCCAGCGAGGAGGCUGUGGCGCAGCUGGAGGAGGAGAAGAACCACCUGGAGUUCCUGGGCCAGCUGCGGCAGUAUGACCCGCCCGCCGAGAGCCAGCAGCCUGAGUCCCCGCCUCGCCGAGACAGCCUGGCCUCCCUGUUCCCCAAUGAGGAGGAGGAGAGGAGAGGUCCCGAGGCGGCAGGGGCAGCGGCGGCCCAGCAGGGAGGCUACGAGAUCCCUGCGCGCCUGCGCACACUGCACAACCUGGUCAUCCAGUACGCAGGCCAGGGCCGCUACGAGGUGGCCGUGCCACUCUGCCGCCAGGCCCUCGAGGACCUGGAACGGAGCUCGGGCCACAACCACCCGGACGUGGCCACCAUGCUCAACAUCCUGGCGCUGGUGUACCGGGACCAGAACAAAUACAAAGAAGCCACAGACCUGCUCCACGAUGCCCUGCAGAUCCGGGAGCAGACACUGGGCCCCGAGCACCCCGCCGUGGCCGCCACCCUCAACAACCUGGCCGUGCUCUAUGGGAAGCGGGGGCGCUACCGCGAGGCUGAGCCCCUGUGCCAGCGUGCCCUGGAGAUCCGGGAAAAGGUCUUGGGCGCCGAGCACCCGGACGUGGCCAAGCAGCUGAACAACCUGGCGCUGCUGUGCCAGAACCAGGGCAAGUUCGAGGCGGUGGAACAGCACUACGCACGCGCGCUGAGCAUCUACGAGGCCCUGGGCGGGCCCCACGACCCCAACGUGGCCAAGACCAAGAACAACCUGGCGUCCGCCUACCUGAAACAGAACAAGUACCAGGAGGCUGAGGCGCUGUACAAGGAAAUCCUGCGCCGGGAGGACCUGCCCGCCCCCCUGGGUGAGCCCCGCCCCCGCCCCGCCCCCACAAGCUUCUGUAUGUGUCCCCCCCACCACCACCCUUUCUGUUGUUCCCCAGGGGCCCCCGCAACAGGCACAGCUGGUGUCACAGAGCAGCAGCCCCUGCGGCGGAGCAGCUCCUUCUCAAAGUUCCGAGAGUCCAUCCGGCGCGGGAGCGAGAAGCUGGUGUCGCGGCUGCGUGGCGAGGUGGCCGCAGGGGCCGGCGGGAUGAAGCGCGCCAUGUCACUGGGCGUGCUGAACACGGAUGCCCCGCAGGCUGCUGGCGCCCAGUUCUCCAGUGGCCACCUGAGCGAAGCCUCUCGGGCCCUCAGCGCCAGCACCCAGGACCUGGGCCCCCGCUGAAGUGCGCAGGACCACACGCUGGGCCGUGGGAAGAGGGGGAGGGACGCCCCGGGCC